CAGAGCCAACACACGGGAGGAUAUUGAACAUACCGAUUGUCACCACAUUUAAAUCUGUGAUACGCUUUGCUUGCGACGAUGGAUAUCUUAUGCAAGGAAACGAUUCCACCCAGUGUGGCAGUACAGGGUUAUGGACAAGUGCAAGCCCCAUUUGCAUCAAGAAGUCUGAACUAGGCGGUACCUGUACUGACAAAAGACAGUGUGUAGCGGAAAAUGCCAUCUGUAAAGAUAGUAAAUGCGCAUGUUUCUCAGGUGUUAUAGAUCACAUCACAAAUAAAUGCAAUACAAUGCCAUUAAUGCCGUUUGGAAUUGAUGCUGGCGAUGUUUUGCUCGACGAACAUGAUUGUAGUGAGCCGAUUGUUUUCAAACCGACUGUACCCGUGUUCAACGAAAUGAGAGAUACAAUGCAUGUUUGUAAGAGCGGACUUAUCAGUUUCGACAAGAAAUACGUAAAUCCGACGCCUACAAUUCUUCCAGAUCCAAACGGCCGUUCAUUUGAACCUUCGAUACAUAUCAAAGACCCAGUUGUGGCAGCAUACUUUUCGCACAUCUACUUGGACAAGACAUCGUCCAUACAUUACAGAACAUAUGAUGCAUUUAAUGAUUAUCCCUUUUCAUCAAAAACAACGAAGGAGAUUCGAAAUCUAGAGGAUAUACUCAAACAGAUUGAAAACAUUUCGUCCUUUGAUGCACAAUUUGUGUUGAUUGCUACUUGGAAUCGUGUGAAACCGAUGAGUCCCUUAUUUGAUAGAACACGCUCGGCAACCUUCCAGUUAGUCAUCAUUUCCAGUGGACAACUGACAUUUGCGAUGCACAUUUACGGUCACGAGCAAAUGAACUGGAGGUUAAGCCAUAUAUUUGAAGAUUCUCGAUUUCAAAUCCCACUGUGGAUCGGUCAUGCUGACAUAAAUGGUCCCCGUUUCAAUCACCUCUUCUCAUUUAAAACUCCUGCCCUACGAAUGGAUUUGGGAACAGAAUCUGGAGGAAUACGCGGCUUAUUGGUAAGGACCAUAAGCUCAACCAGCACAUCCUUGUCUAAUCCCGCCAUCGACUGUUUAUUGUGGUUCAACAGAAACGUGAAACACAAGGAAAGCUUUCAUACACUGUCCCCACGGCUUCCCAACUGCCCAUGUGAUGUGAGUUUAGCUCAAUGGGAUCCCUGGUUUUGGUCAAUUCAACGCUUGAUAGGGAGAAACACGGAUAAGGGCAUUUUGUGCGUGGAUAUGCAGUUUGGAGAGACAUAUAAACCUUAUGGAAAGUCUUGCUGUUACUAUCGAACAACUUUAAAAUUUAUCGAUGAGCAACCUUUAGCAGGAGGCUUUUAUAUCCGACAUCCUUCAGCCUCAGCGCGCGACCACGAAAUCGAGGACAUUACCGCAAAGGACAAAUGCUGCAAUAAAUCUGACUUUUGCGACUUGUAUUAUCAGCUUCAUCCGCCAGGAACCUGCUAUGGAACAUCGCCAUAUAACCUAGGUUCAUUCUGGGGCGAUCCACAUAUUAGAACACUAGAUGCCACAAAUUAUACUUUCAACGGUCUUGGUGAAUACGUAUUGCUCAGCAUUGACGCAUCGAAUGUCACAUUUUCACUCCAAGCAAGAACUGAAAGAGCAAUUAAAAAGGAUGGUAACCUAUCAGACGCAACGAUCUUCACAGCUUUUGCAGCAAAAGAUCAUCUAAACUCGUCUAUCCAUAUAGAGCUAAAUACUGAAAAAGAUGAUUUCACUCUCUAUGGCAACGGAAUUGAUCUUACGCCAGACCGUCGGAAAUCUGUAGACGAAUUCUUUGAAUUCACAACAUCUACACUUACCAUCCAUGGUGACAACGGCUCUUUGCGUGUGUCUUUUCUUGCCUUAGAAAUAACGCUAACUAUAGGCGUUGGGGCCGAAAUGCUUUCUUUAGAUACCAUCAUACCAAGAACAUUUCAAAAUAAAACAAAAAUACGCGGUCUCCUUGGUAAUUUCGACGGUAACCCAAACAACGACUUUGAGUAUCCAAAUGGAAGCGUUCUUAGAGCAGACGCUAGCGACGCUGAAAUAUUCUUAUUUGGUCAAUCAUGGGCUGUGAACGAUGAUACAUCUGUAUUUAUAUACGAAGAUGGUAAAAGUCAUUCCGAUUACCACAACGCUUCCUAUGUUCCACGUUUCCUUGACACUGUGGACAAUGAAACGCUUACUAAAGCAUACAAGGCAUGCAAUGGAUCAGAGAAUGUAGAAUGCGUAUUUGACUACGCAUUUACUUUGAACAUCGACGUAGCUGAGAAUACAAAAAAUAAACGUCAAGACGUAGAUGCGACACGGAAAGAAAUAGUAAUGGUAAUGCCGACAGUGAAUACAUGUAGCACCGUGAAUGUAACCGUUGGACAAAAUAUUUCCUGUUCAUUGAUACUGGAUGCAGGCUUAGACUUAGAAAUUAUUGGUAACCACACAACCUUGGUUGUCUACGACAAAGAAACAACAACUUUGUAUUUUAGACAAACCAAUCAGAUACCACACGACAUAUGGUUUGUUGCCGUUAAUACUGACGGACGGAAAUCUCUGCAAGAAACAGUUCCAACCAUCUUGUGCACUGGAUGCAGUGGUCAGGGCUACUGUACGGGAAAAACAAGAUCUGAUCCACGGGAGAAGGCUUAUUUCAAAUAUUCUGAGUGCGUUUGUUAUCGCGGAUACAGUGGAGUGGAUUGCGAAAAUGUGUUUGACGGAUGUGCUGACCGUCCGUGUUCACGGGGAAGAAAUUGUACUAGACUUUCUGUUGCUGAGCAGAUUAAUCAAAACAGGACGUACAUAUGUUCUCCUUGUCCAGAUGGUUUUGAAGAGGAUCCAGACACGGAUGAUUGUCAAGAUAUAAAUGAAUGUAACACAAGCAAGCCGUGUGAUCAAACAUGCUUAAACAGCGAAGGAAGUUUUGCAUGUGAUUGCUACGAAGGAUUUCGAGAAUAUUUAACUAAUACAAGCAAAUGCGCAGAUAUCAAUGAAUGCAAUGAGGCGACACACAAUUGUACACAGGUCUGCGAAAACACAAUUGGUGGAUUUAGAUGUAAAUGUCAAGCAGGGUAUGUCUUCAAUGAAUCAGAGUGGGGAUGUCAAAUAGAUAAUAUCGACCCAUGUGCGAAUGCUACUAUAAACUGCAACAACACGUCAGGUUGUGUGCUAGAUAAAAACAAUCAAACAACGUGCUUCUGUGAUGCCGGUUACAGUUUCAAUAGGACAACACUUCGGUGUCAGGAUACCAACGAAUGCGAACAGAAUAUAUGCCCCCAAGAAUGCACUAACACAGUAGGAAGCUUCAAGUGUAGUUGCCUUUCGGGAUUUCAACUUGUUGAUUCAGUCUCCUGUGAACCAUGCGUGGUACCAUACUGGGGACGCAAUUGUGAGCAAAUGUGCAACUGUGUCGGACGAGGGGCAGCGCAAUGUAAUCCAACACGAGGCUGCGAAUGUCUUAGCGGCUGGACCGGAAGUACAUGUGACGAUGACAUAGACGAAUGCCUUGGAAAUCUAGGAAUAUGCGCUGAUGUGCGUAAAACAUGCCACAAUAGUAUUGGGUCAUUCAAAUGCGAGUGCAUCCCUGGAUAUCGUGAAGAUUCGGAUGGUUUUUGCAGAGAUAUCGACGAAUGCUUGGACCCAGUGCUAAAUGUAUGUCCAAAAACAUGUCGAAAUACAGACGGGAGUUACACAUGCGGUUGUGAAUCGGGUUACACGCGACUCAACUCGACCCAUUGUAGAGAUAUCGAUGAGUGCGAUGUGGGUGUCGCCGAAUGUGAACAGAUGUGUGAAAACCACCCAGGCUUUUACAACUGUUAUUGCUAUUUUGGUUAUCGUCUCAAUGAUGAUAGAAGAACUUGUAGGAAAGUCAAAGACGUUUGCAAAGUAUUCAGCAAUUUGACACGCGUCGGUUACUGUAUUGUUACGGAUGAGAAGGCAUCCUGUAAGUGUAAUUCCGGAUUCGAGCUUGGCGACGAUGCUCACUCCUGCCAUGAUAUCAACGAGUGUUUGAACAGCACAUUAAACAAAUGUUCUAGUGCCGCAACAUGCACCAACACACACGGUUCAUUCCUUUGCGAAUGCCCCAUAGGAAUGAAACUUCAAAACGACAAACGUUCCUGUGCAGUUUGUGACAAAUAUCACUUCGGGAAAGACUGUUCACAGAGUUGUUCCUGUAUCCAUGGUGUGUGUAACAACAAAGUUGGUUGUGUCUGCGACUCGGGAUGGUCGGGUGUUAGUUGUGACGUCGACAUAGACGAAUGCACAGACAACCUGAUGACGUGCAAAGAACCGCACACCCGUUGUUUAAAUACACCUGGCAACGCAACUUGCGUAUGCAGAGAGGGAUAUAGGAGAAAUUCAACGUCAGGGCUUUGUGAGGACGUGAAUGAAUGCAUCGAUGCAGGCCUAAAUAACUGUGGCCAGAUUUGUACAAAUACACAAGGAAGCUUCGUAUGUAGCUGUAGAGAUGGUUUCCUGCUUGAGCAAGGACAAUGCUUGGGUAUUGGAUAUUUAUGA